AUGGCUUCUACCUUAACACCAUCCGUGUCGCAUAACACAAAUUCUUCCUUAACAACAUCAAACACCAACCCUUCUUCUUCUGAUCGUAAAAGACUUAUAGUCAAACUGACUUAUUCUCCUGGUUCUAGGAAACGUCAUUCUGAUUCUUCUUGUGGCACUGAUGAUAACAAGAGAAGCAAGUUUCAAGAUUCUGUAAAACCAACUGUAACCUGCUAUUGGGUUGAUUCAAAUUAUCAUACCAAAACAACACCUUUCUCUUUGUCUCAACCAAACACUCACAAUGCUCUUGUUGAAAACAACAACCAUGUUUCCGACACUGUCAUGUCUCAACCAAAGGGUGUAAAAGAAAGUUCAAAAAUGGCGAAGGAUAAGAUAAAUGCUUCAUCCAAAAAAGCAUCUAUGACAAAGGAGAUGGUGAAGGAUAACAUAAAGGCUAAACCUGAAGAAAGUUCAAGAACGACCUCAUUGAUGGUAAAGGCUAAAGAAUGUGUGUUGAAGAAACCAAUGGAGUGUGUUAAGAGAAGGCAGUGUUGGUUGAUUUUGAAGAGGAUGUUGGUGGGUAGAGAUGGUUGGGAUUUGAAAGAUCCUCCAGCAAUGGUCGAUAACGUCUCUGAGUCAAAGCCAAUUGGUUUAAAUGAAACAGGGAGAAAAUUGAGGAUGUAUGCAACACCAGAUGAGUUUGCUAGCGACAUGAGGCUUGUGUUCUCAAAUGCAAUGCUGAUGUAUCCUCCAAGGAAUCAUAUUUAUCAAAUUGCAAAAAAGUUCAGUUACAAUUUUGAACUCAAAUGGAAGUCAUUGAAGGAUGAGUGGGAACUUGAGGAUAGGAAAAGAAGAAAGGCUCACAAGACUAGAAGAUACUAA